AUGGCAGGAGAGUUAAAACCAGAAGCACAGCAAAAUGGGACACAGAAAACCGACAGACAGGAGAAAGGACAGAAGCCAUCAAUGAGAAAGCCAAGAGAAGAAAAGAAAUGGAUUCCAAAGACAAAUAUAGGAAAGCUUGUCCAGAUGGGAAAGAUGUCACUAAACGACAUCUACACCAACAGUUUAAAGAUCCAGGAGGCAGAAAUUGUGGACUUCCUAGUUGGAUCCAAACUGAAGGACGAGGUGCUCUGCAUCAAAUCCAUCCAGAAACAGACAAAGGCUGGACAGAGAACUAGAAUCAAGGCUGUUGUCAUUGUUGGUGACGGUGAAGGAAGCAUCGGACUUGGAGUAAAGUCUGCAAAGGAAGCAAGAGAUGCCAUAAACAAGGCAACUGAAGAUGCAAAGUGCAACAUGCAGCCAAUUGACUUUGGAUGGUGGGACAGAAAGAUUGGAGCACCUCACACUGUGAAGGUAAGAGGAUCUGGAAAGUGCGGUAGUGUGAACAUCACUCUUAUCCCAGCACCAAAGGGAACAGGAAUCAUUGCAGCCACUCUUCCAAAGAAGAUUUUCCAGAUGGCAGGAAUCAAGGAUGUCUUUACUGCUUCAUCCGGACGUACAUCCGCAAGUGAGAACUUUGCAAAGGCCACUGUAGCUGCAUUACAGAAGUGCAACACCUUCUACUCACCAGAGAGCUGGGAGACCCCAGAGGCAAUCCCAUCCCCCCUACAGGUAUACUCUGAUCUUAUUUCGAACUUCAACAAAAAACUAGCCAUAUAA